AUGCAUUUUAUAAAAUAUUUGUCACUUCUUGUAUUGUUAGCUAUUCAAGUUGCUUCACAAGAUUAUGAAUCUAGAGAAUUAGGUCUUAUAAGGGAAAGAUAUGGAGAUGGUGUAUUCGGUCAAAAAAAUAGAUACAAAAGAAAAUCCCUUAUGAAAGAAUUUAGUGCCAAAGUUAAAGAUAUAGAAGGAAAAGUCAAAGAUAAAAUUCAUGAAUUAGGACAAAAAGCUAAUGCAACUUUACAAACAGUAAAAAAGAAGUUUAAAAGUUAA